AUGAAUCCUCAGCAUAGCGCACAAGAUGUCCAACGGUGUGAAAUCUGCGAUGUUGCUGUGGUGGAAAUGUAUUGCACAUCCUGUCCCUUUAACCUUUGCAAGACCUGUGUUGGGAAUCACCUAUCUGAUGAACCUCAAAAACACAAAAUUAUCAAGUAUCAAGACAGGAAAACCGUGCUUAUUUAUCCUAAGUGCAACAUCCAUCCCCAAGAUCGAUGCGAGAAUUAUUGUGAAGACUGUGAUAUACCCGUAUGUUCCUCUUGUAUUGCUUCUGAUUUACACGAGAGACACAAAUUUCCAAGAAUUAAACAGAUCUUUAGUAAAAGGAAAGAAUUCGUCAAAAAUGACAUUAAAGAGUUGGAAGACGUCAUUUAUCCUUCCUACAAAGACAUAGUUCAGCAACUAGAAUCUGAUAUCUCUAACCUUGAAGAAGAAUACAAGGUAAUGAUACAAGACAUAGAGAAACAGGGUGAACAAUGGCAUCAGACAAUAGAUCUUAUUGUUAAAGCAAAGAGAGAAGAAACGGAAAAUAUGAGAAAAAAGCAGCUCGGGGCUUUGAAAGAACAACUAAGAAUAUUUAAUCAGCUUCUCUCAAGAGUUCAAGAAUCAAUAAGAUCAAAUAAACACAUCCUAGAUUCUUCAGAUGUUUCUAAAUCGUUGUCAUACUCUAGCUCAAAUGAUGCAUUGAAAGCUCUUCCACCAAAAGUUAAUGCUACCACUCCGCGUUUUUCACCCAAGUCGAUUAAUAAUGAGCAGAUUUCUGAGAUGUUUGGUACAAUAAAUAAGUUCUCCAUCACAACUCAAGAGCAUGGAUACAAGUUAAAAGCCCUGUUGGACUUGUCUUCUACCAAAGAAAACGUGAUUGAAGAGGACACUAAGGAAAACAAAAAGCUCCUUCCUGAACCAGCGGUUACCUACAUCAUAGAAACAGGAUAUCGGGAUCUGGGAAGUAUAGCUUGUCUGAAUGAUGAGGAAAUAUGGACGUCCGGUUUUGAUAAUUCUUUAAAACUCUUCAAAAUAGCUAUGCCCUCCCAUAUAAGCCGUCUUUCUUUUGGAGUACUUGGAUCAUCGGUUUUAAAAGAAGUGAGCACAGGAGUGGGAUACAAAGAUAUUGCUGUGACAACAACUGGAGAACUGAUUUUAUGUAACAGAUCUGCAAACAUUUUAAAACUCACCAGAAAUAAUAAAAUGGAUCCGAUGAUAAAGAUAAAUGGUUGGAUCAUUUUAAAUAUCUGUAUCACAGUACGUAAUGAGCUUCUGGCAAUGAUGGUUAAUGCCAAUAAAACACAAUCUAAAGUUGUUCGUUUUGCAGAUUCCAAGGAGAAACAAUCAAUUCAGUUUGACCAUGAAGGGAAACCUCUGUUUUCAUCAAGUACCUCAAGCAAAUAUAUCAGAGAAAACAAGAACACAGAUAUUUGUGUGGCAGAUCGUGAUGCCAGUGUUGUAGUGGUGACAAAUAAUGCUGGAUGCUUAAGAUUUCGAUACACUGGACAUGACAGUACGCGAGAGAAUGGAACAUUCAGUCCUGCUGGCAUAGCCACGGACAGUCAAGCUCAUAUACUUGUAGCAGAUACCAAAAACGACUGCAUUCAUAUCAUUGACGAAAAUGGACAAUUUCUCAGUCACUUGUUCAUCUGCAAAAGUCCGACAGGGUUGGCUGUUGACAGCAAUGACAAUCUUUAUGUAGCUGAAAAAAGCUUUGGAAAAGUAAAAAGAAUUAGGUACAUCUGGAACUGA